AUGGGUGCUAUUGAAAGAGCCAAAGGGAUCGUCAUUUCUGAUUUUGACAGGACCUUGAGCAGGUUUGCCUAUAAUGGAAAGCCAUGCCCUUCUUCCUACAAUAUCCUGGAUAACAGCAAGAUCAUCAGUGAGGAGUGCCGGGAGAAGCUGAAAGCGCUGCUUCACCAGUAUUACCCAAUUGAGAUUGACCCACGCCGGACCGCCCAAGAGAAGUCCCCUCAUAUGGUGGAGUGGUGGACCAAAGCACACGAUCUCCUGUGUCAGCAGAAGAUUCAGAAGUCCCAGAUAGCCCAGGUGGUCAGAGAAUCCAACGCAAUGCUUAGGGAGGGAUACAAGGCGUUCUUCAACACCCUCUACCAAAAUAACAUCCCCCUCUUCAUCUUCUCCGCGGGCAUUGGCGACAUCCUGGAGGAAAUCAUCCGGCAGAUGAAAGUGUUUCACCCCAACAUCCACGUUGUGUCUAACUACAUGGAUUUUGAUGAAGAUGGUUUCCUACAAGGGUUCAAGGGCCAGCUCAUACACACGUACAACAAGAACAGCUCCGUGUGCAAGGACUCCAGUUACUUCCAGCAGCUUCAGGGCAAAACCAACGUCGUCCUGCUGGGGGACACCAUGGGGGACCUCACCAUGGCCGACGGGGUUCCGGGGGUGGAGAACAUUCUGAAGAUCGGCUUCCUGAAUGACAAGGUGGAGGAGCAGCGGGAGCGCUACAUGGCUUCCUAUGACAUUGUGCUGGAGAAGGACGAGACGCUGGACGUGGUCAACGGGCUGCUGCAGCACAUCCUGCACCAGGGGGACUGGGUGGAGAUGCAGGGCUCCUGAGUGCGCAGGCGCGGCCUGUCUGCAGGCGGAGACACGGAGCGAGCCUCCGUGGGGGCUGCUUUGCGGUGAACCUGGUGUGUGCACAGGGCAGCUCAGGACAU